GGUUUCCAGCAGCCUCGCUGUGAAAUUAGCGAAUACUGCAGCAAGAAGUGAGUGAGGGAGUGUGUGUGUGUUGGUUGGUGUGUUUGUGUGUGUUGAGCACAAUCAAGCAAGCCGGGGAUUAAUAUUCAUAAAAACCUCUCAUCUGGCUGCUCACAGAGAUGGCCGCCAUUCGGAAGAAGCUGGUGAUUGUCGGGGACGGAGCUUGCGGAAAGACGUGCCUCCUCAUCGUUUUCAGCAAAGACCAGUUUCCCGAGGUCUACGUCCCGACCGUGUUUGAGAACUACAUCGCCGACAUCGAGGUCGACGGAAAGCAGGUGGAGUUGGCCCUGUGGGAUACCGCAGGCCAAGAGGACUACGACAGGUUGAGGCCUCUCUCCUACCCCGACACGGACGUCAUCCUCAUGUGCUUCUCCAUCGACAGCCCCGACAGUUUAGAAAACAUCCCGGAGAAGUGGACGCCCGAGGUGAAGCACUUCUGUCCCAAUGUUCCCAUCAUCCUGGUGGGGAACAAGAAGGACCUGAGGAACGACGAGCACACACGGAGAGAGCUGGCUAAGAUGAAGCAGGAGCCGGUGAAGAUAGAGGAAGGCCGGGACAUGGCGAGCAGGAUCAGCGCGUUCGGCUACCUAGAGUGCUCCGCCAAGACCAAGGACGGCGUGCGGGAGGUGUUCGAGAUGGCCACCAGGGCGGCGCUGCAGGUCCGCAAGCGCAAGAAGCGAGGCGGCUGCGCGCUGCUGUGAGCUGUUCACGCCCGCGCGCCCUGAGACCAACCGACCAAUAAGAGAAGAACGAAAAACACACGGAGAAAAAAAAAAGAACUGACCUUUUACCAAAUGGCAUCUUUGUACUGUAUCACGCAUUUAACGCUAAGACGCAGGCAGAUGACGCAAACACAAACACACCCCAAUACAGGAAAAUGGACAUUGUCUAUAUUACAACUGUUGUUAGAAAUUGAUGUUUAAAGUUCCAUGUUGAUUUGCUUUUUUUCCCCCCGGAAUCUCUCAUUACACAUUACAAUGUUUUUCCUACUUGUUCCCCCCCCCCCCCCUGCAUUUGUAUGUUAACCAGACGGUGAUAUAGAUGCACAUAUUUGUAUGCAAUAUUAUUCUUCACAAGCUCAACAGCCUGUCUUUGUGAGUACGGUCUUGUCCAAACAGUCCAUCAUGAUAAGAGAAUGAAAGCUAACAAUCUUUCUGACCAUAAGAGCUAGUGCCUUUUUUUUUUUUUUUUUUUGCUCAAGUUUGUUUCACCACCGUCGACGUCUCGUGUUUUGUCAGCUCGCUAGCGUUCCGGCCGAGGGCCUCUCCAUUGUGCCGUAGCUCAUUUUCACACAGUGGUGUCAUUGUGCAAACAAAUGAUCGCUUGUGUCAUUUUUGUCAGAAUUCCCCUCGACAAUUUUUUGCCCCUCCAAUCCCCGCUCACGUCGAGGAUAGAGAAGGUGUCUGUCUGUGCUGUAUGAGAAUCACGUCUGAUUUUUCACGUGCAACUUUUUUUGUGCAGCGUGGACGUAGAUGGAGGGAUGAGACUAUGACUCAACUAUGCACAAUAGCUGUCGGGACCAACAGGGGAGACGACACGGGCUGAAACAGGGGAUCACACGGAGGCCGAGGGAGUUCCAAGUGAAACCGCUCUCGGUGUGUGUGUGUGUGUGUGUGUGUGUGUGUGUGUGUGUGUGUGUGUGUGUGUGUGUGUGUGUGUGUGUGUGUGUGUGUGUGUGUGUGUGUGUGUGUGUGUGUGUGUGUGUGUGUGUGUGUGUGUGUGUGUGUGUGUGUGUGUGUGUGUGUGUGUGUUCGGUCAUGGAAAUGUCUUGUUGGAGCCGUCGGCCUGUUGCGUGCGGAUGUUUCCAGUCGGGUGACAUUCUUCACAUGCUUUUGGAGGAGCUUAAGUUUGGUUUGAGGAGUGUGUUUCUCCCCCCCGGUGCCUUCUCUGUCCCGGUGUGCCUUUAGGUUUGUCCUCUCCCAGACCAGACAGAACCGAUGCGCAGACUGACAAGGUCGAGAAAGAGUGACCUCUCUGACACCCGUGUGGUUAGUCUUGGACAACAGCAGAAGGGGUCAUUAGUUUGAAGAAACAUAUGCUCUCACAUCAUAAAGUGUACGAUUGUAUCUAUAGACGAGUCUCGUCUUGAUCAUCUUGACGGAUAAGCGUGAUUCCCCACACGGUGUUCGUGAUGACAAUGAAUCUUUACAAAACCAGUGACCUUGCAUUUUUCCCCGACAUCACCGGGGAAACAAACAUCUGUCCGCGGCCUCCAGAGAUGCUCUUUGUUGUUCCAGAGCGGGUCAUCGCUGCCAAGAAGUUUGUUUUCAGAAUUCACCCGUGUGUCACUCGGCGAUUUCAAGUUUUCUUCGCUCGCAUGCAAUAGUUGAUUGAAAGGCCCAUUGACUGUCCUCAGGCACUGACUCUUCGCUGCAUUCCUUUUGUCUCCACCUCUGUUGCUCCGUUUUGUCUUCCGUUCACGUCCCUCGGUUUGCAUGUUGCCGUCAGUAAAAAAAAAAAAAAAAACGGGGAGGGGAGGGUGGAGAAAUGUGUCUGUGGGCAAAACCAUAUCUUUGAUGUUGCAUGAGACGUCCUUAAGAUGCCGGGGUGGGCACCAAACCUACUGGCUGGCAAAGUCUGUAUCUAUUUAUGAUGUAAUACAACUUUAUACCCUCUACUGGCCGAGCACAUGUGCGUCAACUGAGCGACCCUGUGGAGGAGCUACACCCCACGGCUCAGCUGAGGUGUAACGCAAAUUCAAACUGUUUUUUAUUUGGAGGAAGAAGAGUAUAGGGGGGCAUUGAUUACACAAGCACCAUAUCAAUGUCGUUACCUCAGAUCUUUAUAAGGCGGAUGCUGUGUUUCAACUCUUAUUGCACCAUUGUGAACAACAAACAGCACACGCCAUAAGGCAAGAAUAAACAAUCAAGACGCUUACGGCUAAAGAUUUUUACCAAUGAAGCCGCGAGUUAUGCGUUGCCCCAGUUGCGGCGUGACGUUCAUGGGUCUCAACAAGCUCGAUGCAAAGGAAUUCUUUGGUAAUAUGAGGUCGGCGGAGACGGUCAAAUAACUCCUCGCAGCCGGGAGCACAGGACGAGGAUGAAAGCGUUGGAGAGGGAGCAGAGGGUCUUGGUGUUGAACAUAUCACAGAGAGCAUGUACUAUACUGCUGUUAAUAUGUAUGCGGAUUAUGUCGCGCCACUAUAUAAAAAAUUGUUCUUCCAAUGUCGUUGCAUGCAUUAGAGAAACAUGGGUCUUUUACUGUGUGAGCACACACAUACACUGACACACUAACACGAGCAGCACCGUCUUUGGGAACAGCUUCUGCUCAGUGUUGUGUAACUUUUCUUUCUCUCUCUCUGGACGUAUUUGAAAUGAUAAAAGGAUCCGGGUAUUUAGGUCAUUGUCAUAAUGCUUGGCAAACGGAAAAGUGUUGUGGUGAAUGUUUUGAUCUGAAGUGAACAUUGUUAAUAAACUAUUUUUGAGACAA